CAUCCUCUCAUCAUCAAAAUUCAACAAACAAACACAAAAUACAACAUAACAAAACAAGUUUUAAUAUAAUGGAUUCUUCAUUCUUUCAAUACCGAAACUACUCCGAUCAAUCGUCUUCUUCGUUUAACUCAUUCGACUCGUUCGACUCAUUCUACACGCAAGAACCGCAGCAGCCGCUCCCGUUCAACGAAAACGACUCCGAAGAAAUGCUUCUCUUAGGAGUUAUUAACGAAGCACCCAUUAACUCCGAUCAGGAAGUAACUUCAAGAUCGGGUGACGAUCAUUAUAUUAUUAAUCAAGAGGAUCAACCGCCUCAAGAAAUCGCUUUCCGAGGGGUUAGACGACGUCCAUGGGGGAAAUUCGCGGCGGAGAUACGAGACUCGACGAGAAAUGGAGUAAGAGUCUGGCUGGGAACAUUUGAUACAGCUGAAGCUGCAGCUUUAGCGUACGAUCAAGCUGCAUUUGCGAUGAGAGGUUCAAUGGCGGUGCUUAAUUUUCCGGUGGAUAAAGUUCAUGAGUCGCUUCAAGAAAUGAAAUAUGACUUCAAACAAGGAUACUCGCCGGUGUUGACGAUGAAGAAGAAGCAUUCGAUGAAGAGAAAAGCUGAGAGCAAGAAAAAGAAAGGUAACCCUAAUAAAGAAAUGAGAACGGAAAAUAAUAAUGUGGUGGUUUUGGAAGAUUUAGGUGCUGAUUAUUUGGAGGAGCUUCUUGCCAUAUCGGAAAACGCUAGUCAUUGGUGAUCACCGGUCACUUUUUUU